AUGUGGAGAGAGACAGUGUGCGUUGUGGUUGUGUGGGUCAUACGGAGGUGGCUGAUGCAGAGAGGGUCUCUAUGUUUGCGGAGAUGUGGCUAUGACCCAACAAGGGCACCAUUGUGGUUGGUGACAGUGACCAGUUAUGCACGGUGGCUGGUCGGUGGUGACAUUAUGUAUGGCGUGGAUUCGAAUCUGUAUGUGUCGGUCUCGAGGUUGUAUGAAUUAAUGGUCAGUUGGAAAAUGCAACAGUUGCUGUUGAUGCAUUGUCUGUAUGAGAAACUUGUUGGUGGUCUUGAUGGUUCGAUGAGUCAGCGAGAUGCUAGUUUAGAGUCCAUAGCUACAAUUCUUAAAAAUAAUCCAGGUGCUGUCUCGAAGUUUGUGGAGCUUCAAAAUGGAAGAGCGCUGCGUUCUGUAAUUGAAUUAACCAGGGAUCGAUUCUCCCGGACAAGGUUACUGGCAUGCUUGUGCCUGAUCUGUAUAAAGAAUUCUUCAUCGUGCUUUCUGCAAGAUAUAGCGAUCAAAACCAAAUUGAUAUAUAUUUUGCUUGAGCUCCUUGAUGAUUCUGGUCAAGUUGGAGAAGAGGCUUCCUUUGCUUUUUCGAGUUUAGUUGCUGGAAAGGAAGAUUUGCAGAAGUUAGCAUUUGAGGCGAAUGCUAUAGACAAAUUCUACAAUCACUUGCAAAAUCCUGAAUUAAAUUCCAAGCGUCUUGAAGGGAUAUUUCUAGCACUGGGCGAUCUUUGCUCAAAAUUGGAAUGCUGCAGGUCGAGGUUUAUGUCAUUGCAGGUCUUAAAUCUAUUAGUUAAUGCCUUGACCCAUGAUGAAGCCAAUGUGCGCACUGCAGCUUGCAUUUGCUUAAAAACUGUCUCACGCUCAAUCAAGAAUUUGAGUGCAGGUUAUUUCAUGAAUGAAAGGAUUGUCAUUCCAUUAGUCCGGCUUCUCUCUGAUCUUUUCACUUCUGUCCAAGUUGCAGCCCUUGGUGCUAUUAGCAACAUAGUAGUGGACUUUACACCAAAUAAGUCAACAAUCAUACAAUGUGGAGGCAUUAAAGAGCUUGUCCAUUUGACAAAGUCUAUGGAUUCGUCUUUAAGGUUGAAUGCUGUGUGGUCCUUGCGGAACAUGAUAUUUCUUGCGGAUAAGAUGUGCAAGGAAGCAAUUUUUAUGGAGUUGACUGCUUCUUCAGUAGCUACCCUUAUCUGUGAUCCUGAGCCUUCUUGUAGAAUAUUGUAA